AUGCCGCAUUUCCUGGCGUCACACAAUAUAUCCGCUGCGCAGAUCCACAACGAUUACCAGCGUCGUUUGCAAGACGCCCAGCAACAAGAGCAGCAGAACGCACAAAAUGCAGCGCAGAACGGGGGUGAUGCCGAGGAUUCGGAAGAUGAUCCAGUGGAGCAGAAGAAGCGCAAGAGAAAAGAAGAAAAGACGUUGAUGAAGAUCAAACAGAGCAAAGAGUUCAAGAAGCGCAAGUUUGAGCAGCAACAAGACCUCGGGAGCGAUUUCGAACAAGACGACGAUGAACUUGCUCGGAGUAUGCUUAAAAAGUCCCAGCCUCUACCGGGCCAGCUGGAGAAUUGUGAAAUCUGUGGCAAGAGGUUCACCGUGACACCGUACAGCAAGACUGGCCCAGAUGGUGGUCUAUUAUGCACCAAAUGCUCCAAGGAACUCAAAGACGAGGAGAAGAAGGAAAGCCGAGACAACAAAAAGAAAACAGCCGCACCACGAGGACGCCGGCGUCAGACCGAGAGCGACCGACUGAUGGGAGACGUCAAACCGGGUGCCAAGAGUCUCGUCGACAUUUGCGUCCGUCGAGUUGCCAAUGUCGUCCAUGAUAUCGAAGAGUUCGGUGAUAUGCCGCAAAGUCUGCUGGACAGAUUAAGUCAGAUCCUCUCCAAGGAACGAGUCCUCACACCUCGAGUUCUCGAGCUGUUCCUGCGACCAGACGUCGACCGCAUCGACAUAUACGACUGUGCGAAGCUCGAAGAGGAAGAUUUCCAGAAGAUCUUUGCACACAUGCCCGACGUCGAGUUUGUUAAUUUGCGAUUUGCCGGACAGAUGAAGGAUGGUCCCUUGCUGUACAUGGCCGACAAGUGCAAACGAGUUCGCCACUUGCAGCUCGGUGCCACAAAUCUUGUCACUGAUAAAGCCUGGGCCGACAUGUUUCAGAAACUCGGUCCUCAGCUGGAGAGUUUGAAGUUGUCAGAACUGAAUGACUCUCUGGGAGACGACAUUGUCAAGGUUCUGGUCAAAUCGUGUAGAGGUUUGAGGCGACUGAAACUAAGGUCUUGCUCACACAUGGGCGAGGAUUCAGUCGAUGCUCUUUGCUCUCUCACCAACCUCGAGCACCUCACCCUUGCUGUGGCCCAGCAGGAAACGUCAUCAGCCACACUUGUGAAAUUGAUCUCCUCACUCGGACACAACCUGAGAACACUCUGUCUGGAAGAGUACGUCGAACUCAACGACUCAGUCCUGGAAGCCAUCAAAGAAAGUUGCCAUAAGCUGACAAAGCUCCGCAUCCGAGGAAGUGUCAUUUGUUCUGACGCAGCAUUUGCCAGUCUUUUUGACAACAACUUGGGCAACCCGCCGCUGAUAUAUGCAGACUUGUCCGACAACCGGGAUAUCGACAGCAUGAACCCGGAUGGCCCCGAGGACAAUCCUAUCGGCUUGGGUUCAGGUGCCCUGAAAGCAUUGAUGACACACUCGGGUUCUCGCCUGGAGCGGCUGAACCUCAAAGCGUGUCGACACAUCUCUCACGCAGGCUUGAUGGAGGUCUUUGAUGGGGUCAAGCAGUAUCCGGCUUUGAAGGACAUCGAUUUAUCGUUUGUGACCCAGGUCGACGAUGUCGUCAUGAAUGGCAUCUUCAAGACUUGUCCCGCGCUGGCCAAGCUAGCUGUCUUUGCCUGCUUCAAUGCCCGACAAGCCAGAAUUCCUGCCGGAAUUGCCGUUGUCGGCUUGCCGAAUGCUCAGGAUAGCGUUGUCAUCGGCGAGUGGUAG